AAUCAAUAGCAGUUGUUUGUUGUGCCCCGAAGGCUCUGAUCCUUAUUUCAUUGCAAAAUAGAAUCCGUUAGAACAACAAUCCUCAAACAUAUGCAUUAUCAAAUGCAUAUAAAACGCUAAAUAAAAGAACAAAUAUUAAAUAAAUGUGCAGUGAAGAUUAAUUGUAACCAUGAAGCAGAUAACUCUGAUAACAAUAAUAAUAACAAUGAUAUGUCACAUAGACUGCAUAUUUUCUUAUGGAUCUUAUCGAGCGGCCGUCGUUGAAUACUCGACGACUCGUGAGCCCUUCUACCAGCCCGAAGAUAUUUUGCGCACCAAUGCAGAAGAGUACGUGAAAUUAAUUAAGAAGGCUGCGAGUAAGCUGGCUUCGAUUGUGCUCUUCCCUGAGCACGGGCUGACCUCUGCAGAUAUCACAACGAAGAGCAAAAAUCAGAUCCUCGCGUACAGCAUAGAGAUCCCGGAUCUCAUCCAUAAACCUAAUCCGUGCAUCAACGAAUCCCUGCAUAAGAUCCUAAGACUGCUCUCCUGCGCCGCUCAGGAAUCGAGUAUCUACGUUGUGGUCAAUAUUUUGGAGCGGCAGGAUCACAAAGACGAUUACCACAUGUUCAGCACGAACGUGGUUUUCGAUCGCAUGGGAACUAUUAUAGCAAAAUAUCGAAAAAUUAAUGUUAUUGAUGAAUCGAAUCUACAGACAGGCAACGACUUAUUGACCUUCACAACGGAUUUCGGCGUUACUUUCGCGGUGCUAAUAGGCUACGAUAUUUUCUACAAGCGACCAUCCCUGGAGGCAAUCCAAGAGAAGAACGUCACCAACGUGCUGUACUCGACAGCUUGGAUUAGCGAAACGCCCUUCCUUCAAGCGUUGAGUAUUCAGGCAGGAUAUGCAAGAACGACGGGCGUCAAUUUGCUCGCGGCAGGUUUGAACGAUCCCAACGAGAAGUACGGCGGCAGCGGCAUUUAUUUGUACGAUGGUAAAGUCGCAGAACUCUACAUAUCUCCGUCGAAAUCCAGCAAGCUGUUGGUGCAGGAAGUGCCGAAGAUCCACAUUAAGAUCUCUGCGAUCAAAUGCAACAAUAAUUCGCAGGUGAUGCCAAGAUUCAGAUUGGGAGGUAACUUGAACGUUGGCUCUUUUUCAACGUUGACGGAUAACUUGAAGCACCACACUUUAAUGCCAUUAAAUCAGCACGGUCUUGAGACGAAGGCCACCAUCUGCAACCAUAACGGUGUCUACUGUUGCAAAUUCCACGUGAUCGUGCAAAGAAAACCGACUGAACAUAAUUAUAGAUUGUCAAUGUUUUACGGAAUUCGUAACAUAGGCUCGAAAACUAUCGGUGUUCGUUCCUGCGGCGUAAUCUCCUGUUCCAACGGCACCGAUGAUCACUCCUGCGGCGAGAGGACCUAUCGCAGCUCAACGGUUUUUUCCAACAUUUCUAUUAUCGGUACGUUUCGUAGAAGCGACGAAACCAACGAUUUCCCAAUUACAUUGACAUACGAUUUGACACCUAUCACCGAGUACACAUAUUGCGAGACCAUGAACGAUGACAAGCAAACCAUCACGGCCGAGAUGAUCUCCACGCAAAGUCUGACCAAUAUCCUCAGUUUCGGUAUCUAUGGGAGGAUGUUCGAGUACGACGGAGGUCAUCCAGGACCAAUCACCAGCAACGCAACUCCUCUCCCGUUGCCCGAUGGAUUGAUCUUCGUAAUUCUCACUAUUCUUCUCGUCGUUUUAGCAAUUUAAAAUAACGAAAAGAUUAUGCAGUUUGCGCUCGCUUAACAUUCGUUCGAUAAUACGUACAUUAUUAUUAACGGCCUUAUAACCAGAUUUACGUACAAAUCCGUACAAUGAUGUCAAUCGAAUCAUUUUUACGUACGUACAUACGAAUGAAAAGACACGUGUAUAUCAAAAAAAUAAUUAAAUGCAUUCAUUUAUAAGUGAAUUCACCAUACGAUUAACGCUUUGCGUACAGCUAUUUGGAUAUGCAUUGUGUACGUUAAUCGAGCGCUCGCUGUAUCUUUAUUCUAAUGUCCACACUCGAGCUCUCCAAUGGAAUUGCUUGAACGUCAAAAACAAAACAAAUUUCAAACUAACAAAAACCUA